UUUUCCCAUCAAAAUAUAAUUGAUCAAUCGUGAUGGAUUUUUUAAGUCCAGAAACUUGAAUAAAUUGAGUACACAUGCUAAGCAUGAGCCACAGUUUGUAGAGAGACUGUGAGGGUGCGGUACUGUCUUAGAGAUUUAAAAAAGGGUGUUUGGGGGGGGGGGGGGAAUAUAUUGUGGAGUUACGAAGUAAAGUUUGAGAUAAAGCUUUAGUAUCAUCCUUCCCCAGACUGCCAAUGCUACUUCCAUGCCCAGGUCCACAGUUCGUUUGGUGUACGUGUGCUGCUGAACAUCUGCCCUCUAUGGUGCGAGAGUCGUCUCCUGCAAAAUAACUUCAGCUGGAAAUUACAUGUCUCGGGAUCGUCCUGUGUGGUGCAUGUUUGCUUUGGCUACAGGAAAUGAACUUAAAUGUGUUUGAAUUUGUCACACAUUUGGUUAGUUACUGAUGUACUACUAGAUACAUCAUGAUAAACAAUGUCAGUCUAGAGCUGCAUUUGUUGGCAUGUUGCGAGCAAAAUCUGGUGGAUCACGUCUUGAUCUUGAGUGGCGCUCCGCUCCAAUAAAAGCUGAGUGUUUGGAGAAAUUUUGAGCCUCCAUAAUGUCAGAUUUUGAAAAUGUUUUAACAGAUUGUAGUUAGAGCUGUGGUCGCAAUUCAGUUAAACUUGUGCUUGUGGUUUACCCAUUGUUCUUCAUAUGCUGGAAGAAAGAAUGACGAAGGGAGGGCUGGAACAAUUAAUUGAUAGCAUCAAUCCAGUGAACUACUAUAAUUUGUAUCUUGAAGAGUUUGCUUUGGGUUCUCCUGUUGGACUGUUCAUCUUCGGUUUGAGUUCCGUUCAUUUUUUUCCCUUUUAAAAUUUGAGAACUAUAUAGCCAUUAUAGUAAUCCUGAUGAUCUUCAUGUAGCGGGGUUUGUUGGAGCAAUUAUUUUGCCUUCCAGUUGCAGGACUUGCUUUGUGUAUAACUGAAGUAAAUGUUUGGUUAAUUGCAAAACGUUUCAAGUUUCAACUGGAAUACUAUUUUGAGUUGGCAGUUGUUUCCUGAGAAUGAGAUAGGUUUUGCUCGAAACACGAGCUCUGGUGAACCAGAAUUAUAGGUUUUCCUCUUUACAAGCAGCUUCCAUAGCUGCUUCAAAUACUUGAUAGAAUCUUAAGGAGUAUUGGUUGACCUCUUUACAAGCAGCUUCAAUCUCUGGAGUAUUUACAACAUUGGAUUAAGGAGUUAAACAAUACACUCACUGAAAAGUCCUCGCCUAUGUGAGUUGAACAGCGCUAUUGACUGAUUUGGGACCUAAUAUAAUUGGAGUACCAGUUUCAAUCUUGAUGGCUGUUCCAAAGCCUGUUUUAACCUCAGUGAAAUAAACUUGUUAGAAAUAGUAAAAAAAAACCAAUAUAUAUUCUUUUUUUUUUUAAUAACAGUAAAAAUAAAGUGAGAACGCUACAUUCUUCUUUUUUUUUUCUUUAUAAUUUAACUUUAGCUGGCUCAUGUUCAUGUUUGAUCGCCCCCAGGAAAAUUCAUCUGAGCCUUUUAUUCUGUUUUUGGCAAAAUUAAGAAAUGGGAACAAAUAUGUGGUGUAUAUAUUUUGUGGAAAUGGAAUAUGCUUUUUAAUUAAAAAAUGUUUAUAUAUAAUAAUAAACUCUUAAACGAGGUUUAACUAAAUUCUGGCUGGCGGAAUUAUCGGCCACCUUCUGAAUACUACCAUAAAAUGAUUUAUUUCAUAAAAAUUACUAUCAUGAAUUAACCAGGAAUGAUCCUCUUUUUAUUUUGGGUUUGAGGCUGGUAAUCUGUGCACGCUCACAAAAAGCUUACACGUGAAACAGAAAAAAAAAAACACUCCAAUUAAAAGAAUCAGCUUACGUGGUUCUUCGCUAGAAUUAAUACUUUACCAGUCAACAUAAUGACACGUAAGCAUACAACUCCAUCUAGAAGCUUACACGUGGCCAUCUCGUGCACCCAAAACUCCAAUCAACUAAAAUGGGAUAAAGUUAGUUGGGGUCCGCUCAGCUCCUUCAAAAUUCACAGAGCAUCGAAAGUGAGAAAGAAAAAAAAUAGAGUAAUUUGCCGAAAUGUGAGAAAUUCACUUCAUUGCCGCAGGUUUUGAGAAGCUGAAGAUCUGUCAUUUGAGUCGUAACCGUUUAUCAGUACCAUAAGCAAGUUUGUCUGUAAUUCGGUGAUAUGGCCUCUGGCAGUAUAAUGCCUUCAGCAGGUGGCAAACCUGUAACUGAUGCCAUGCUUAUUGACAACCUCCCUAAAGAAAUAAAUGAAAUGAAGAUCAAAGAUGACAAAAAAGGAAAGGAAAUGGAAGCAGCUGUAGUGGAUGGAAAUGGAACUGAAACUGGUCACGUCAUUGUGACAACUAUUGGAGGAAAAAAUGGUCAGCCAAAGCAGACCAUUAGUUACAUGGAGGAGCGAGUUGUUGGACAGGGUUCCUUUGGAAUUGUAUUCAAGGCCAAAUGCCUUGAAACAGGAGAAACUGUGGCAGUAAAAAAGGUCUUGCAGGACAAGAGAUACAAGAAUCGGGAAUUGCAGACUAUGCGACUUCUUGAUCAUCCUAGUAUUGUUUCACUGAAGCACUGCUUCUUUUUUACCACAGAAAAGGACGAGCUCUAUCUAAAUUUGGUUCUAGAAUUUGAACCUGAAACUGUCUACUGUGUGUUAAUACAUUACAGCAAAGCAAACCAACGGAUGCCUAUGAUAUAUGUCAAGCUGUACACAUAUCAGAUAUUUAGAGCUUUGGCUUACAUACAUGGGAUAGGAGUCUGCCACAGGGACAUCGAGCCUCAGAAUUUACUGGUCAACCCACACACACAUCAGCUUAAGCUUUGUGAUUUUGGGAGUGCAAAUUUUUUUAUAGUCAAAGGCGAGCCAAAUAUUUCAUAUAUUUGUUCACAUUAUUAUCAUGCGCCUGAACUAAUAUUUGGAGCAACUGAGUAUACCAAUGCAAUUGACAUUUGGUCUGUGGGUUGUGUCCUAGCUGAACUGCUUCUUGGUCAGCCCCUCUUUCCUGGUGAGAGUGGUGUAGAUCAGGUCGUCGAAAAAAUCAAGGUUCUUGGAACACCUAUACGUGAAGAAAUUAAGAGUAUGAAUCCAAAUUACACUGUUAAGUUCCCGCAAAUCAAAGCUCACCCCUGGCACAAGAUCUUUCAUAAGCGGAUGCCUCCUGAAGCUGUUAAUCUUGCCUCAAGGCUUCUCCAGUAUUCUCCAAAUCUGAGGUGCACCGCGUUGGAAGCUCUUGCUCACACUUUAUUUGAUGAAAUCCAUUACCCUAAUGCUCGCCUUCCUAAGUGUCGUCCAUUGCCACAUCUGUUCAACUUUAGGCCUAAAGAGCUGAAAGGACCGUCUUCAGAACUCUUAAACAAAUUAUUACCAGAACAUGCUAAAAAGCAGUCUCACUUGGUUUCUCGUCUGAAAGAAUCUCUGUAUCUUUUGUAAACUUGAUCUUAUUUGCUAUUACUGUCUUUAUUCCCUGUAUAUAUUGACCAGAGAAUUAGGAAAACCUUUUGACGUAUCCAUUCCAUUAUUAUACCACGUUUAGCCAUUAUGUAAUCAGCUGAUUUUGCCCCUGUAUUCUACUCCUUGAGACAAUUAUUUGUAAAUAAUAAUGUAUCGUGAAAUUUACCUUAU